CGUUACGCUGUCUGUGGGCUGAGAACUUGAUGAUUCUGUUGGUUCCUGACGGAAAUUAGAGAGAUUGAAGGGGCUGGGCCCACAGUAGAGAAAUGGCGAGAACGGUUAACGAGAGCGGGUGUGGAGAAGAAACACAGAGUCUGGAGCCGCAGGGACCGGGCCUGGGUUCGGCCAGAUGGGGUCCACAACACGCCGGUGCCCGAGAACUGGCAAAUUUAUACUCACCAGGCAAAAGAUGUCAGGAAUGGGUAAGUGUCAUCCUCUGCUUCUCUCUCAUGGCCUUCAAUUUCAUUCACCUUCUUGCCAAUUUCCACCUGGGACAUCUGUGGUACAUCCUGUUGAGUGUUGUGGCAGGAAUACUUACCGCAGACUUUGCGUCAGGACUUGUUCACUGGGGGGCUGAUACAUGGGGAUCAGUGGAUCUACCCAUCUUUGGGAAGGCUUUUAUACGACCAUUUAGAGAGCACCACAUCGAUCCCACAGCCAUUACCCGUCACGACUUCAUUGAGACCAAUGGUGACAACUGCAUGCUUACCAUAGUCCCUCUAGCAAACAUGGCCUUCAGCUUCCUCACCCUCUCCUCUAAGGAGAUUGACCAUAUCUACCCCUGGUACUGCUACUUGUUUGCACUAGGCAUCUUUGUGACCCUAACCAACCAGAUUCACAAGUGGUCGCACACGUAUUUCGGCCUGCCUCGUUGGGUUGUGUUCCUGCAGGACUUCCACAUCAUCCUUCCCCGCAAGCACCACCGCAUCCAUCACGUCUCCCCUCAUGAGACGUACUUCUGCAUCACUACAGGUUGGCUGAACUACCCUCUGGAGAAGAUGGGUUUCUGGAAGAACCUGGAGGAUCUUAUCCAGGGUGUGACGGGAGAGAAGCCCAGGGCGGAUGACCUGAAAUGGGCUCAAAAAGUGAAGUAACACCGCAGGCUAACUGCACCCUACCUCAGAAGACGCUGGCUCCGUCCGGGCUUCUCAUCCCCUUUUUUGCCUCACACAGACUGUAAUCCAUAGAAAGCAAAACUAACAAAGACUUUCUGAUGCCAUAGCUUUAAGUCUUGCACAUUUUGUCUGUUUUUCAAGAGGAGGGCUCUGUUGAUGGAAUUUUUCAUUACUCCCUCGUGGAGAUCGUCGUUUCAAAAUUGCAAUAUAUCCUAAACUCUUCGUAUUACUAACACAAACACAAAUAAUAACUUUUUUGAGGUGAUUUCCAAAUAGAGAGAAGGUAUGAUCAGAUACGUUAUGGUCAGAUACAGUUAAUUUGAAAUCGCUUUCCAAGGACAUUAAAAGAUUUCCCUCACGUCAGAAAAUUCAAACAAGCCCAGGAAAGAACACUUGAAAGAAUGAACACUCACUUUCUUAUCCUCCAGAGACAAAACUCUUCAUUUUCAGAGUGGAUGAACCACGUUAUAUUUAGCACUGCUUUUUUUCUCUUCUGGAUAAGUCUUUGUAUUUCCACCUCAUCAAGGGUCUUCUUGAUGUACAAGUAAUGGCACUAGAUUUAGGCCGUGGUAAGUAGCGGAGCUGGGGUGAUAUAGUAUUUUUGGAUGCUUUACCAAUGUUGAUAGCUAAAGAACAAAAUGUUCUGUUACUGUUACAUUUGAUGAUUUCUUGCACAUUUGGGUUCAGCUACUGUUUUUGUUUUUUUUUUAAAGAUGGGUGAUGACAAUAUUUAAUAGUUUAGUCAUGAAUUUAUCAAUCUGAGACAAUGACUACAGUUGCAGUGGAAGAGUCAAUGCUACUUUAAAGCCAAUAUCAUCCCUCCAGAAUGCUAAAUGACAGAUCUGACAGCUCAGAGAUGGGUUUAGUUUAGACAAACCAAAAACAAGCCAAAUUGCUCAUAUUGCUGUUGGAUCCUAAGCUUGCAUUUUGAUUGGAAUUUGUCAUGUUAUCUGGCCAUUGAAACAAUUUGCAUUUAUAUAUUUAUUUGAUGAUAGUGGAAACACAGAAGAUGACUAAUUUGAUCUAAAAAAGUGACGUGUGUACCUGUAGUCAGCGUUGACGCUUGGCCAUUAGAAAAUCUGGGCAAAUUACACAUGUAUCAUGCUGUUGUUUUGCUGAGUCACUCCGGCCCGACUAACUCGUCUUUUCAGAUGAUCAUGUCCUCUGUCAAAAGCCUUUUUAGUUUAUUUUAGACAUUUAUUUAUAUAGGACAGCUUAGACUUGAAAGGGGAGAGAGAAGGGGAAUGACAUGCAGCAAAGGGCCGCAGGUCGAAGUUGAACCCGCGGCUGCUGCGUCGAGAAGUAAACCUCUAUAUAUGGGCGCCCGCUCUACCAGGUGAGCUAACCAGGCGCCCGCCUUUUUAGUUUUUAUUUGACUCCUGAUGAACAGACAGAUUAGCAGGAAAGAGGCAAAUGGAUUUCGGUCAAGCUGCCUUACGUAUGGACUACAGAUGCAGUACUAUUGUCUUUUUUGUUAAAUUGUGUCAUUUGCUGCACUUCUUUGUGUCACUGCAACGGUAAUUCUGUCUUUCUGGGAUUUGUGUCUCAGUUAAUUAGAUACAGAUACUCUCAAGUUAUGUGCCAGCAACAGUCCAGGAAGGAAGGGUCCAGGAAUUUCUUCACGCUUAUAGAUGAGAUUAUGUAAUUCAAUUGGUUGAAAGUUUUUUAAUGUAAUUUGUAAAUGUAUUGUACAGCCAAUAACUAUGCAGUGUAAUAAGAGGCCCUUAACCAUACGUCUUAACUCCUCUGAUUAGGUUAAAAUGCCUUUCUUUUUCUACUAGUUUACACAUAUUUGCUGUUUUAAGUUGGAAAACCGGAGCUUAAAAAAUUGGCUACUUAAACUGCAUGACUAAAUUACUUCUACUAAUUAAGAUGUCACUUACGCAGACGUAAGAAUGCGUGCAUGCAUACAGCAUGACAUGAAUUGUGCUGCUUUCAAAAGAUGACCCCAAAUUUUGACCAAAUGUUCCCAGAUUUGAACUUUAAAAAUGUUAUCUAAUAAAUCCUAUAUUUUAUAGGUGUAAAUUGGAGGAGCUAAUCUUGCUGUUCAGCUGGGUUGAUCAGGUUAAAGGUGAGCUUCUGAUGUUGUACUAGACAAUUUAAUGACAGUAUAUAUUUUUAUUACAGUAAAAGUUCAUUUUGAAGCCAAAAUUAUGCUUUAUGUGAUGUAAUAUUUCAGCUUUUAAAUCCUUCAUACUUGAUUAUAUACAAUUAUUCGCCAUAGGUCAGCAGCAGAAGUACACUGCAGAUUGCGUAGUGCUUGUAGAGUAUUGUGAGAAGCAGUCUCGUAUGCACUGGGUAGUGUAAUACAUGAUGGUAAAUAGAUGCCACUAUGUGUCACUGCAUCAAAGUUUAAGGCCUGUGUAGAAGUUCUACUCCUGAAGCUCUUUUUGAUCAAUGUUAGGCAAAAUAUAGUUUGGACACUGCUAACUGCAGUAAGUAGAUUCAUUUGAACUUUAAACAACUUAUUUUAUGAAUGGGAGUUUCUGCGUUGUUGGCUCUACUGGAUGAUUUGGCGCUUCAGCAAAUUGUUUUUGGAGAUAAUAUAAAAGUAAUGACAACUUUGUUUUUGUAAUACAAUAGCUAAGUGUAAUGGUUAGAAACACUAGACAUGCCAUAAUUAGUUUGGAGAUUGACAAAACUGACAACCUUGCAAUAAAAAUAUAUAUGGUGAGUUCAGAAGGAACCAACGACAUAACUUGGAGACAAACUUGCUAUAAUCGCUAUUUGUUAUAGUAAGGAGUCUGGUUGUGACUAUAGAUCUAACAUACAUUAACUUAUUCUUCAUGUAUUCUCCAGAUGAUCUCAGGAUUGUGGUUAGAGUGAUUUCAAUAGGUUAUUAUGAAUUUGUGAAAAAAAGAAAACCCCCUCUCCAUUAGUGAAGUUAAGGCCGUUAUCUAAUAGAUAAAAGUUGUAUAAGUCAGUUGUUUUCUAUUGUAGCCAUAUGUCAGUACAGUUAACCUGGCCUCAUGUUAUUGAGGUAGAAUUUGUGGUUAAUCUGUGAUAGGUUUUUUUCUGUUUUAGAGACAGACAUCAGUUGAUUUGAAAGGUAUUUUGUGACAAUGUGUGGUUAACUAAGUAUUUUUCCACUGGAAAUUGUAAAAGCAAAUUAACUUGUUGGUAUGUUGGGUGGGCAUUCGGUGGUAACGUUCAACAUGCUGUGUUGAAAUCACUUUUGGAAUGAUUGUUUUAAACUUUUUAUUGAAUUGCCUUAUCCUCUCCCUGAUUGAUUUACUGUAAAUCUCGACAGUGACAUGGGAAAGCAAUUUAUUGACUGACUGCAUUGCCCUUCACUUGCCUCUUACUUUCUGAGUCGAGGCCCAUAUAUGGAUGAUGUAGUUGGUUAUGUAUGCUGGUGGUGAUGAUGGAGUUUUAGAUACCAGAAUAAUGCCUUGAUGCCUUUUUGUUGUCUUCCAUUUGGGAGACUUGCAAUGUAUAUAUUAAACUGUAUUUAUAAAUAAAUGGUUGAUAAUUA